GUUAACAAGUAAGGAGCAGGCUCUGGUCCUAUUCUGUUCAGUUACCUGCAGUGUGUGGGGAACGAAACCAGCCUGGCGCAGUGUCAACACUGGGGGCUCUACAGAGACUACUGUGAACACUGGCAGGAUGUCGGCGUCAUGUGCAACAUCAUUUCAGCUCAGCAGAUGUCAGCUCGUGUAGUUGGUGGCACAGCAGACGCAGGACGUCUAGAGAUAUUGUACGAUGGAACUUGGGGCACAGUGUGUGGCGAGCGAUUUGGACAGAGAGAGGCCUUGGUAGCCUGCAGGAUGCUGGGAUUUAACAGCACAACAGCAGUAGCCAUGGGUAGAGCCAAGUACGGAGCAGGCUCUGGUCCUAUUCUGUUCGGUGACCUGCAGUGUGUGGGGAACGAAACCAGCCUGGCGCUGUGUAAACACUCGGGGCUCUACAGACGCUUGUGUGACCACUGGCUGGAUGUCGGCGUCGCGUGCAACUUUAUUUCAGCUCAGCAGAUGUCAGCUCGUGUAGUUGGUGGCACAGCAGACGCAGGACGUCUAGAGAUAUUGUACGAUGGAACUUGGAACACAGUGUGUGACGUUGGAUUUGAACAGACAGAGGCCUUGGUAGCCUGCAGGAUGCUGGGAUUUAACAGCACAACAGCAGCAGCCGUGGGGUCAACCAAGUACGGAGCAGGCUCUGGUCCUAUUCUGUUCGAUAACCUGCGGUGUGUGGGGAACGAAACCAGCCUGGCGCAGUGUGAACACCCACGGCUCUACAGACACAACUGUGGACACUCGCAGGUUGUCGGCGUCAUGUGCAACAUCGCUCAGCACAUGUCAGCUCGUGUAGUUGGUGGCACAGCAGACACAGGACGUCUAGAGAUAUUGUACGAUGGAACUUGGAGCACAGUGUGUGGCAAUGGAUUUGGACAGGAAGAGGCCUUGGUAGCCUGCAGGAUGCUAGGAUUUAACAGUACAACAGCAGUAGCCGUUGGGUCAGACAAGUACGGAGCAGGCUCUGGUCCUAUUCUGUUCAGUGACCUGCGGUGUGUGGGGAACGAAACCAGCCUGGCGCAGUGUCAACACUGGGGGUUCUACACACACUACUGUGGACACUGGGAGGAUGUCGGCGUCAUGUGCAACAUCACUCAGCAGAUGUCAGCUCGUGUAGUUGGUGGCACAGCAGACGCAGGACGUCUAGAGAUAUUGUACGAUGGAACUUGGAGCACAGUGUGUGGCAUUGGAUUUGGACAGGAAGAGGCCUUGGUAGCCUGCAGGAUGUUAGGAUUUAACAGUACAACAGCAGUACCCAUGGGGUCAAACAAGUACGGAGCAGGCUCUGGUCCUAUUCUGUUCUAUGAACUGCGGUGUGUGGGGAACGAAACCAGCCUGGCGCAGUGUGAACACUGGGAGCCCUACAUAGACAACUGUGGACACACGAAGGAUAUCGGCGUCAUGUGCAACUUUACUCAGCAGAUGUCAGCUCGUGUAGUUGGUGGCACAGCAGACGCAGGACGUCUAGAGAUAUUGUACGAUGGAACUUGGGGCACAGUGUGUGACAUUUUAUUUGGACAGGAAGAGGCCUUGGUAGCCUGCAGGAUGCUAGGAUUUAACAGCACAACAGCAGUAGCCGUGGGGUCAGGCAAGUACGGAGCAGGCUCUGGUCCUAUUCUGUUCAGUUACGUGCAGUGUGUGGGGAACGAAACCAGCCUGGCGCAGUGUCAACACUUGGGGCUCUACAAACACGACUGUGAACACUGGUGGGAUGUCGGUGUCAUGUGCAACAUCACCACACCUAUGACAGCCCGGUUAUCUGGCGGGACGUCUACGGCAGGACGUCUAGAAAUAUCGGUCAAAGGAGAAUGGACUACAGUGUGUCAGGAUAGAUUUGAACAGAGCGAAGUAGAGGUGGCCUGCAGGAUGCUGGGAUUUAACAGCACUGGGCAAGCAACUGUGAAGUAUCUUCUAGAAAACGAUGGCUCACGAUUUCAAUUUGAUUAUAUGUGGUGUCAAGGAAUGGAAACAGAUCUUCAGCAAUGCAAGAUUGGACAACUUAACAAAAGCAGCUGCCUGGAUGUCGGUAUUAUUUAUGAGUUCAACAGCUUUAGUCUGCGACUGACAGGACCUCGCCGUACAGACAGUAACAUGGGGCGUGUAGAAGUGAAGAUUGGAAGUAAACAAUUUAGCACAGUGUGUGUAAACAACGAGAAAACUGCCGCAGUCAUCUGCAGACAACUCAAUUUAACCUCAAAUUUCGCUGAACUGAUAGACGGCUGGGUGUUUGAACAAGACAGUCGCCCUUUACUUCAAGCCACAUUUGUUUGUGAGGGAAGUGAGAGCAGCCUGGAUGAAUGUGGGCGGAGUAACACUGCGGAGGACUGUUAUUCCGAUGAUGUUGGUGUCUAUUGCAACACAGACAAACGUCUUUUAAUAGUUUCUCGGGACGAAAGGUACCCGUUUAUAGAAGGAGCAAACAAAGCUCUGAAGUGCGUGACACCACGAAAGUAUCAACGACUCACUGAGUACACAUGGGAAGACACAGCUGGUGGUCGUCCUAAUCGCGAGUUUCUAGUGUUUGACAAUCUGACUAAAGAGUACAAUGGACUGCAAGUGCGCUGCUACACCAACUAUCGUGAGAGGAAAUCUGAUUCUACUUAUUCCACGUUCAGUGACGUUCAUGUGCUAAAGGUUUACUAUAAGCCGUUGAUUACAAUAACAUGGACUAACAACACCGGGGAACAACAGCCCUUGUCAAGUCUUUCUGAGUUAAACCCUGGACACAACGUGACCCUGUGGUGUAAAGCUGACAGCAACCCUCCCCCCGCGUCCAUCACGUGGUCAGGAAGAGGGAACAGCACGACUGGGGAGUUAAGGAUCCUAGCUGCAGACCACGUGACACACAGCGGUGUGUACACCUGUACUGUCGUCACUGAAACCGUUGAUGAUGACGACAGACUUCCGCUGACCUCAUCUUACCGGCUGACUCUUAGUGUUCAAGGUUUACAUUUACUCUCAUUGUUUUGUUUUGUUUUGUUUUGUUCAAUAUUUAAUGCAAACAUUAAGUUCUAUUAUUCUUAGUUUACAAUAACUUUACAAACAAUCUUUAUAAACAAAAUCGACAUACAUUGCAAUGUUAGAAGGCACGAGGAUGUAACACGAACCAUGACACAUUGACACAACACGUGUUACAUGAUUUGCGUGCUACUACCAGCAGUACGAGUUGCUGAGUUUAUUAUUUCUCGAGUCAU